AUGACCACAUCUAAAAUUAGUCCUGAACAAUUAGAAGCAAUGAAGAAGAAAAUUGAUGAAGAAGAACAAGAAUUCUUUAAAGAACUUGCUGAAAAAGGUGAUUGGAAUCCUUGCAAAUCAAAAGACAAUGCCAAGUUAUGGUAUAAAGAUGACCGUGCAACUGGAAUUAAGAAAAUGAAAAUUAAUGCCUUAAUUCCUGCUAGAAUGCAAUGUGUUAUUGACGCAUUAUUAGUUCCAGAAAACAGAGUUUCUUGGGAAGUAUUAGUUGAUGGAAUGAAACAAAUUGAAGAUUUUGGAGAUGGUUACACAAUGCAUCAUAUCACAACUAAAACUGUUGGUUUGGUUGUUGGAAGAAGAGACUUUGUUCACUUCAGAAGAAUCAGGGGUCCAGAAGGAAUAGACAAAAAGAAAGAGAACCAAGUUGAUGCCCGUGUUGUCAUUGACAUUUCUGCAGAACAUCCAGACUAUCCUGCUAAUAGCAAAGAAUUCACUCGUGCUACAACAUUGUUUUGUGCAACUAUUUUCAGAGAAUUCAAGAAUCCAGAUGGAAAAUAUUAUACUAGUUAUGACACUAUUACACAAUCUAAUAUUAAUGGAUAUGUUCCAUCUUGGUUAGUUAAUACUGCAACUUCAUCUUCUACCCUUGAUUGGUAUAACUCACUUGAAAAAUGUGCUAUGAAAUUGUCUAAGGAACAAGAAAAGAAAGAAGGAGAUAAAAAAUAA